ACCCGGACCGGCCAGCACCUCUCCAUCUGAACGCUCUUGCGUUUGUCGUGUCUCCCCACGAAGUUUUCCCACCAUGCGUAAAAGUUUCCGCCUCUCGAGUCAGGUGCCGAACAAAAACCUUCACAUCGACCACGAUGACUUUCGUGAGUUCGAGCCGUUUGAAGGUGAAACCGAUCUCAUUCCGAGAUCAACGGCACCUGGAACCGAGCCCCUGACGGUCGUCGGCGUCGACAUGCGGAAGGACUUCAACGAGGCCAACCACUACACCACUGAGUACGUGAACAACCUCCUGGUGGUGCGUCGUGCUCAGCAGUUCGUCAUCGACAUAACCUGCAACCGUCCCAUGGUGCCUCAAGACGAUUUCCAGCUAGAGUUCCUGAUUGGUGCUGACCCGGCCGCUAACAAGGAUUCUCUGGUUGUGGUGACCUUCGGUAACCGUACUGGUACUUCUUGGUCUGGAGAGAUCCUGGAAGCCAGGGGCACCGUUCUGUCCCUCGGGAUCACAGCCAAUGCUAAGGCCAUUGUGGGCUUGUAUCGUAUGUAUGUGGCCGUCGUGGUGGGCAACGGUAUGCAGCGGACUGAGAAGGACCCCAACACCAACUUCUAUCUGCUGUUCAACCCCUGGUCCCCAGAUGAUGAAGUGUUUUACCCGGACGAAAUCGGGCGGACGGAGUAUGUGCUGAAUUCCACUGGUCUGAUUUAUAUGGGGACGCCAGAGCAAGUGUCUGAGCGUGGCUGGGUGUACGGACAGUUUGAGGAGGGCGUCCUGGACGCCUGUAUUUACAUCAUGGACGUCUGCCGGAUGCCAAUCCAAAGCCGUGGGGAAGUUACCAAAAUGGUUCGGACAGCAUCAGCUUUGAUCAACUCUCAGGAUGACAACGGUGUGUUGGUUGGAAACUGGAGUGAUGACUUCUCCAUGGGUACCCCCCCAACCACCUGGACCGGGAGCACCAAGAUUCUCCUGCAGUACCACAACACUGGUGCUCCUGUCUCAUUUGCCCAGUGCUGGGUGUAUGCCGGAGUCCUCAACACCUUCCUGCGGUGCCUUGGGAUCCCGUCGAGAGUUAUCAGCAACUUCAACUCAGCCCACGACAACACGGGCAACCUGAAGACUGAACUCGUCUUUAAGGAGGAUGGUACACCUGACCGGCGCAACACCAGGGACUCCAUCUGGAACUACCACUGCUGGAAUGAGGCAUUUAUGAAGCGAGUCGACCUUCCACCCAAGUUCUCUGGAUGGCAGGUGGUGGAUGCAACGCCCCAGGAGACCAGUGAUGGAUAUUUCCGCUGUGGUCCGGCUCCCGUCAUCGCCAUCAGGGAUGGUGAGCUGUGUCACCCGUUUGACUGCGGCUUCGUCUUUGCUGAGGUGAACAGUGACCUGAUCCAUAUGGUCAGUGACAAGUACGGCAAUAUGACGCCAAAGAAGGUCGACACCACCUACAUUGGAAAGAUGCUUUACACUAAAGCUGUGAGCAGCUGGGGCCCUGAGGACAUCACAGGCACCUAUAAGCACCCAGAAGGAAGUGCAGCGGACAAGGAAACAAUGGCUAAGGCUGAGCAGUACGGAUGUGCGAGAGACCAGUCUGACUUCCCUGCAUCUAAGCUGGCCAUCCAGAUUUCUGUUCAAGCAGGCUUUGUGGGCGAGCCUCUGAAGAUCGAAGUGACGUUCUACAAUCAAGCUGAACUGAUGAAAUCUGUGAAAGCUCACAUGGAGAUCACAGUCACCUACUACACCGGCGUGGCCUCAUCAGAUCCCUUCAAGUCUGAGGACUUCACUCUGGACAUUGCAGCCUUUCAGAACAGCACCAGGGUCUUUGAGAUUACACCCCAGCAGUACGUUUCCCAGCUGGGUUCUAAUAGCAGCCUGGAGAUCACCGUGACGGGAAAAAGCGAUGAUGAGGAGGUCUCAGAGGUCAAAACCAUCUCCCUGAAGCUCCCUCCACUGAACAUCACGCUGAGUGGACAACCUCAGGUGAAUCAGGAGAUGUACGCGGUCGUUUCCUUCACAAACACCCUGAGCUUCCCCCUCACCGGGGCCAAGCUGGCCAUGGAGGGAGCCGGACUGCUGGAGACCCAGGUCUACAAUUACAGGACCAUUCCACCCAUGGGUCAAAUAUCCCGCAAAGUGGGGUUCAGACCUCUGAAGCCGGGUCUCCGCACCUUACUGGUGUUGCUGGACUGCGAGAACCUGCCCGAUGUGACCACCAUGGUUGAAAUCAAAGUCAUGCCGUAAUCGCCCAAAUGGACAACGAGCUCUACAUCUUUAAUGAUUAGUUUUCUUUCUGGAAAUCAUCUACAAUUAUCCUGGAAAUCAUCAAAAUGCAGAAAUCAACCAUUGUUUUCACUUCUUGGUGUUUAGACUUUAUGCAGUAUUAACAUGCUGAGAUGUUUUGCCAAUUAUUAAAUUUUUGGUUCAGACGAGGCUUAAAUAUAAACCUGCAUGUUUCGUUGCUGUUAAAAGCAAUGAAACAUGAUUCAAACUUCAAUUUGGCCAUAAAUCUUCACUUCAAUUACAAUAAAUCCAAUUUAGGGAUAUAGAUUUUCAUUUAAUCCAUACAAUAUAAAAUAUCGACAAAUUAAUACAUAUUUUAUUUAGCAGUAACGGAAAUAGUAAAAGUUUACCUUAUUGUAAUGAAACUCCUAGAAAGUUCUCCAAAACAUCCUUUACUCUAUUUUCCCAAUUCAAUAACAAAGCUGUAUUUAAACAUUGUCAACACAAAACAUCAUGAAAUAAUAUUAGCUUACCGCUUUACAAAAAUAUAUUAGGCAAAUUUAGAUGAGUUGGUUUAGUCUGAGUAAAGUUAAACAGUGACUUCAACAACAGAAACUAAGCAGGGAUCAAAUAAACUUUUAAUUUCCCACUUUGUUUAAUGUUAGAAUGAGUUAUCUGAAAUUUACAAAAAUAUAAACAAUUAUGUUUUUUUACUACUUUACAAAAUACACAAAACCAAACUAGAUUAGGAGAUCAACAUUCAAAUCAAAUCAUAAGUGAAAGAAAAGAUAACUUUAAAAAAUUUCUUUCCUGGACUAAAUUUAAACAAAACAUUUGUUUUAAGUUGACUUUUGUUUACUGUAGUUUCAUUUUUAAUUCAUCAUAUGUCACUAAAAAUAACAAUUCAGAUUCCCCUUUUUCUUUCACUCUUGAGAAGAUUUUAUAAAAGCUUCUAACUGUUAUAAUGAUUUAUUUUGGGCCUGCACCUAAAUUUUAGACACAAAUCCUCCUUUUCUGUGUGAAAACUGAACCAGAUUAUGAAGUUUCACCAUCCUUCACUUAUAUUUCUGCAUAAAGACAAAUUAAAUAUGAUUUUUUUUUUCUUUUCUGUAUACCAUAAUUCCUUUCUUUAACAAUAAUGACACUGUGUACUAACAAAUAAAGCAUUUUUCAAAGGCA